ACGCCCGUUGGCGAUGGAUGAUUGGGCUCGUAGAGAAUAUUUUGGAGGGUAAUGAAUUUGUGAUUGACCCUGAAGGUGACUUCGUCUAUCGAUGGAUGGGUCUAGUAGCCUUCGCAGUAGCGUACAAUGUGUGGAUAAUCGUCCUAAGGGUAGCGUUUCAUCAUCAUCUUUCCAAUCAGGCAAAUGCUCAAUAUUUCGGUGUUGUAGAUCUUGUUUGUGACACCAUCUUUGUCGUCGACUUCUUGGUUAACUUCCGGGUCGCCUUUCUUCAGCAUGGUCUCUUGGUUAAAGAUCCUGCGAAACUAAGCGCAAAUUAUCGGCAGCAUGUCAGAUUUAGAUUUGACGUAGUUGCUAUGGUGCCCUGGGGUGUGGCUUACGAAAUAUGUAGAGAACUUUUAUUGCCUUUACGACUUUUCAACAUCUCACUACCUCAGAUAUCAACACCUGUUCUUCGGCUUCCCAAACUCUUAAAAUGGCACUCACUCGAUACCUUCUUCGCUAAAUGGGAUAGCCGCACCAGUAAUCCUAAUCGCCUUCGUGCAUUCAAGCUAUCUAUGUAUCUAGCAAUCAGUAUACAUUGGAUCGCAUGUUUUUACUACAUGCUUUCUGAGUUCGAAGGUUUCGGGGUAAAUGCUUGGGUCUAUCCUUUGGAUACAAUGGAAGAAGAUUUCACGAGCAAAUAUAUCAAGAUAAUGUAUUGGUCCACUGUAACACUGACGACUAUCGGAGGAACUCCAAAUCCAGUUACAAAUACGGAAUAUGCAUUUACAGGGAUGACAUUUUUAAUAGGCGUGUUCCUAUUCGCAGCUGUUGUUGGAAAUGUUGGCGAUGUGAUCAGCAAUAUGAAUGCUUCCAGACAAGAAUUCACAACUAAAAUGGAUGCGAUCAAGUUUUAUAUGAACCAUCGUCGGGUUCCUGAACAUUUACAAGAUAGAGUAAAGAAAUGGUCAGACUAUGCCUGGAGCAGAACACAAGCCUUAGACGACCAGACGUUUCUUGAUAUUCUUCCACCGAGACUUCGGGCAGAGAUUGCUAUACAUGUACAUCUCGAAACACUUAAAAAGGUGAAGAUAUUUGAAGACUGUGAGCAGGGUCUGUUAUGUGAAUUGGUCCUCAAACUGCGAUCACAGAUCUUCUCCCCUGGUGACUAUAUCUGUCGAAGAGGAGAGAUUGGAAGAGAGAUGUUUAUUAUAAACCAUGGCCAUGUUCAGGUGGUAGUCCAGGACCAAGAGACCCAACAGAGUAUGGUGGUAGCUAACCUAUCCGAGGGAAACUACUUCGGUGAGAUCAGUCUACUCAAGCUUGAUGAGGGUCAAAACAGGAGAACAGCUGAUGUCGUUUCGCUUGGAUACUCAGAAUUACUCUGUCUCUCCAAGAAGGACCUCAUGCAGGCGCUGGUAGAAUAUCCGGAUGCAAAGAAAGUAUUAGAGAAACACGGGAGAGAUCGGAUGGAGAAAAACAAAGAGGCGGCAAGAAUGCAGCGGAGGAAAUCGGAGGCUACCCUUCAGGUUCCUGAUGCUUCAAAACUCCUUGAUGAAGGUACCAAAGAUGGUGAUGGAACCAAUGACAACCCGGGUACCAUCACAGGAACAGGUGGUGGUAGUAAAGACCAAACCAUCAAGCAAACAGCGGUUACUGGUAUACUCACCAGGAUGAUUGAUAAAACAAAAGAGACGAGUGAGCUCAGACAUAUCAUAAACGAGCUUCGAAAAUUUGAUAGUCUUGCAACUAAGCAAAAGGUCACAGAGCUUUCUAAACGGUGUGAUGACUUAAAGACGCAGCUUGAGGAACGUGACGCAGAGUUGAAGCGCGCUCUUCGACGAAUCAGCGAACUUGAAAGUCGCGUGGCGGGAAAAUUACAUCACGGACAUUUCGGGCGUGUAAAUGGUAACCACCAUACAAGAAUGAACCUAGGUCGCUUGGCAUUUAAAAACUUAAGACAUGGUGGAAGUGUUGAAAGCAGUGACAAUGAUUCUUCAAGCGUGUGGGCAAGUUUUGAUGCAGAAGACAGUGGUCCGAGGAUCCUUAUUACACUUUCAUCUGAAGAAAAGUCGGGAUCCUUAAACAGCGGGAACGGGAGAACACUAAACGGGAGAACGAGAACUAUAACCGUUCCCGGUAUUUGCCUGAAUGGGGUUAUGCAACAAGAGCCGUCUGAGUAUCAAUUGAUUGGUUUCGUUGGUAAUGGCAAUGGUAUCUAUAGUGAUGAUGGACUAGAAGAGGAAGCAGCAAGACUUGGAAGAGAGUUAUUAUCAGAGAAAAGUGAUUUAUCAUCUCGUAGUUAUCUCGAUUCCAGUAGGAUGUCAGCUGAUCUUACUGAUGCAUCAUGUUAUAGUGAUAACUCAAUUGACAGUGACUUCUGAAUAUUUAUCAUUCUUCCCAGUCACAUUUACAAUAUUCAUUCUACAUGUUAUUUGAACAUUUUUUUCAAUAAAUUGAAUUAUAAUAUUUGAAGUUUACAACUACAUGUAUGAUGAUACAAAAAACGGGAGGAAUAUUUGUUUUAUAAGUUUACCAUUGUAAUGGUAAAUAGACUUUCCUCAAUCUUUAAUUGAAUGUUCAUAUACAAAUACACUUUGAAUUAAAAGGUGCAAACAUAAAAAACAGAUAUCAGAAGUAAAAUAAUUUAAAAAUAGUUGUCGAAUUAGGUGCCCUCCAAAAUACUAACACACUAACGACCACGUCAUGUUAAGUGAUAAACCGGUUCCAGUUAAAAACAAAGCGACUUCAUAAAUUUACACUUACUAACAAACUUUAUAUUUCUUUCUGGUCUACAAAUGAGGUACAAUCGUUUAUCAUUUUGCCAACUUAAUAUAUUCAACAAUAUCGGCAGUAAUGUGUAUUCAUUUAAGUGUUUAUUCCUGUAGAUAUAUUCAAAUAUUGUGGUAUUAUUAUUUUUAUGAAAUCAUUUUGAUACACCUACUUGUCAUUCUAUUCAUUAAGGUCAGAGUUAACAGUCUCUGAUUAGAUGAAAACAUUUUUUUAAAUAUUCCAAAUGUCUGCCGAAAAUCAUUUUAAGGAUAAAACUUAUGAUAGUUCUUUGGAUAUUAGAAUGCCCUAAAGGGUACUAUAGAUGCAGAUUGUCGAUCUAAAAUACAUUUUUAAGGACCUCUGUUUUGCAAUAGGAUUGGGAAUGUCUAAAGUAACGAUACUUUAAUUUCGUAGUGCCAUUAAGAUAUCAAUAAGAAUGAAUGACAAUUUGAUGGAACUUUGUUAUUUACUGUCUAUAAUCAAAUAAAAUAUUUUUGGGUAUUUUCAAUCAGGUCGAGCAAAUAUUAAUUUGGAUAGUUUGGGCUAUUUUUCUUGAUACUCUUGAGAGCAUGAAGGAUUUGGGUACGAUAUUUUGGGUGCUCUAUUCAUCUUGUGUGCAGUUAGUCUCAGUUCCAUUAUGUUUUGCCUCACUGAACUUACUAUUCGGUCAAAAUACAAACAAAUAAAGUGUCCAAAAGCAAGUGUCAGACCAAAUUAAGUUCCACCUAAACACGCUAAAUGUCAAGUUUAAGUACGGAUUUCUCAUGGGGAAAAUAUAUUUUUGGUCACGAUCAUUAUGAUACUGAAAUGAAUUAAUAUCUAGUUUAGAUUUCAGCAAAUGAUACACAUCUCAUCUCUGUAUUGGGAGAGUUUAGAUUUAAUUGGUCAAAAUAUAAACAUUUAUUUCUCUAUUACUCUAUAUCAACUUAACGAACUUUACAUUGACGUUUUAUGUGAUGAGUACUGUACCAGUGAUGUUGCUUCAAAAUUUGCAUAAUUUCUGCAGUUGUCUUCUCAUGACCUUUAAUCCGGUUCACAUUGACUAUGAAAACCGUUGGUGUUCAUAAUAUAUUGAGAUUGAGAUAUUUUGCCAUCCGAUUUUAUUCAUCAUGAUUAUGGUGUUGGCAGAGGAUUCAGUUUGUAAUCUUUAUACGUUGAAAUUUGAAGUAAACUUUAUCAAUUUGAUCGUAAAGAGUCAGUUUACACGUUAAAAGGUUCCAACAUUCAACAGUGUCAUUUACAAAUGGGGCUACUGUCAUUGAUAACCAUAAUAACACAUUGUGAAGGCCAUUGCUUAUUAAGACCAUGAUGAUUGUAUCUGAGGUGUACUAACCAUUACCUCAUUAAGGACAAGUCUUAUGUCUCUUGUUUAAUAUAUGUUGGUGUAAAUUUUUAAUGUUUAUUGUUUUCGUGUUAAAAUGUUUAUUAUGAGAUUGUGCAAUUAACUGAUUUCACCUGCACCUGCGAACUGUGACCUCCGUCCUAUGAAUGUUAACCAGAUUCAUUUUGUAAAUGUCUAUCUAGGCUUUUGUGCUUACCUCCAAAUUAUUAUAAUUCGAAUAUUCUAUUCUUAAAACAAAAGUGAUAAUAAAUUCGAUGCAGUAUUGCUCAUUAC